AUGCGUCAAGUCACGCGCUCAGUUCCUGGCAGGCGUGUUCGUGCGCCCUUGCCUGUUCUCUUGGCUUUAAUUUGCUACUUCGCUCCAGCCUUUGUACCUGGAUCCAUUAGCCGAAGUCUCUUGAGACAGCAGAAGCUUGCUCAGCUGACCGGCAGCCGAGACGUGCGCUGCAGGGCGAGGGGAGGCGAAGAUGACUCUGCCAUAGCAGUCGGUGAUCCCGUUGAAGGUCUGUACCCAGAUGAUGAGCAAUGGUAUCCGGGCGUUGUAGACAAAGUGAACAGUGAUGGCACCUACACCGUGAAGUGGGAAGAUCCUGAGGGUGGGCCGGAGAGCCACAACUUAGAAGCAGCCAGCAUCAAGAAGAUCAUAAUUUACAAAGACUACAAAGUGGGCGAGGCCGUGGAAGGUGUCUUUCCCGAUGAUGGCAUGUGGUACCCAGGUGAGGUUACCAAAAGUAAUGAGGACGGUAGCUUCACCGUGAAGUGGGAGGAUCCCGACGGUGGCCCAGAAACCUCAGAUCUGCAGCCACAAGACAUGAAAUAUCCUCCGAUUCCCUUUGAGAAGCUCGAGGUCGGCCAGAAAUAUUCAGGAACCGUCCGUUCCGUCCUGGACUUCGGCGCCUUCGUUGACAUCGGCUCGGAGUCGGAUGGCUUGCUCCACAUUUCUAGAAUGUCCAGGGAAAGGAUCGACAAUGUCUACGAUUUUGUUCAAGAAGGGCAGCAAGUCGACGUGUGGAUCAGCGGAAAGCGAGAUGACGGAAAAUACGGCCUCACCAUGGUUGAGGGUAUGACUGAUGACGGGGGGCGCCGUGCUCCUGCGGACCUCACUCCGUUCCAGGAUCUUUCCCCAGAUGAGUUCCAGAAAGGCGUAGUCGCCCGAACAGCUCCAUUCGGUGCUUUCGUGACGGUCACGCUUGAAGGGGGUGCAUCUGCAGAUGGCCUCGUGCACGUGUCACAGAUAAAGGACGGAUUCGUCGAGAACGUUGAUGAUGAGCUUUCUGUCGGUGACGAGGUUCAGGUCCGUGUGCAGUCAGUAGAUCUAGAUGCCGGUAGGAUGAGCCUCUCCAUGCGCGCCGGCUUCGGUGGUGGUGGUGGAGGUGGCUUCCGUCAACCUGCUGAUCUGUCUGCCUUUGAAGGCGUUUCCCAAGAUGAGUGGCUGACCGGGAAGGUUGCUAGAUUGGCACCCUUCGGUGCCUUCGUCACCGUCACAGCCAACGAUGUGUCUGCAGAUGGGCUGGUCCACAUCACUCAAAUCAGGGAUGGAUUCGUGGAGAGUGUUGAAGAUGAGCUUUCCGAAGGUCAGGAGGUGCAAGUGCGCAUCGAAUCUGUUGACACGGACAACGGCAAGAUGAGCUUGUCAAUGAAGCCCGCAGGGUUUUGA